UUAAACCAAAAAAAAAAAAGAAACUGUCCCUGAGAAUCUGAGAUCCCCUGAGAACCAGAGCAACCACCACAUAGCGAGAGACGGUGUCGUUUAGCGGUGGUCCGAUCGGCGACUUGAACUUGCACCGCCGCAUCGUAGCGAAUUCCAAUACAAGCAACCUCCAUUACUUGAUUAUUCCACUUCCUACAUACCACAGAUAUGUCAGCUCUAUUUAAUUUCCACUCGUUUCUGACGGUUGUGCUGCUCGUGAUUUGUACCUGCGCUUUUCUCAAGAUGCAGUUCCCAGCCAUCCUCGAACAGAAAACUGGGUUUCGGGGAUUCUUUUGGAAGGCUGCUAGAAUAGGGGAACGGUUAAGCCCUUGGGUGGCUGCAGGAUGUUUUACAAUGGGCGUGUCAACUCUAUUCUUCUGAUUGCAAAAUAUAAAGCAGUUCUGUAUCUUUGUUUAUCACAUUGAGCUGCUGAUAGGUCACAAUUUAUUUGUAAUUGCAUUUGUAUUUGUGAACAGCUUAUCAAAUCGAGAUAUGUAUCGUGUAUCGCUAGACCCUAAUAUAUGAAUCGUAUCGUAUCGUAUAAUGUAUCGUCA